AUUUUUUAAAUUUACUUUAUCGUUCAACGGUCAAAUAAGACCACUUUUAGUUCAGAUAUGUUGAACAAGGAUUUCUAUUCAACGAUAUUAGCACAAGUUAUCAGCCCCUGUGGUAAUUAUCUGGUGACAGGAGAUACCUCUGGUAAAUUAUCAGUUUUCCAUUUAUCCAAAAUUACUCAAUCCGAUGUAGUCUUAAGCAAAGAAGACUUACUGCCAAAGUAUAAAAUAAUUGUUAAGGAAGGUUUUCAAAUAAAUAGUUUGCUUACAACGCCACAAUUUCUAAUAGUUGGAGUAGUCGGAGAAAUUUUUGGAUACAAUUGGAAAUCAAUAAGAACUACGAACCCUCAAAGAAAUAAGCCUGAUUGGAGUAUUGAUAUUCCCAAUAGAAAAAACACUUUGGACACUAUGGAUAUUAAUGUUAUUAACUAUGAUACGAUUAAUAAUCACAUUUUUGUUGGAUGUGGAGAUACCAUUUAUGUGUUUGAUUUAGAAAGAAGAAAACUGUUGAAAAAUUUGUCCAAACAUGUGGAUUGUGUCAACUGUUUGUCUAAUUCAGAAACAGAUCUAAUUUCGGGGGCGGAUGAUGGUGUUGUUAACAUUUGGGAUCUACGUUCAUAUAAGGUAACCAACAAAAUUGUACCACAUUUAAGUGAGCCAGUGGCACGGACAGAAUUAGGAAAAUGGAUUGGUGCUGUGAGUGCCAAUGAAGAUUAUGUGCUGUGUGGUGGAGGACCAAGAUUGUCUUUAUGGCACUACCGAUUUCUUACUUAUUCUACCGUAUUUCCCAUGGACGAUAAGGGUAUUCACGUAGCAGAAAUUUAUAAAGAAAAGAUUUUGGCUGGUGGAAGAUCGCGGCUUUUUUACCAAAUGUCAUUUAUUGGUGAUGUUAUUUCGGAAAUUCCUGUUUCAGCAGCAACUAUUUACAGUAUCGUACACCAAGAGGAACCACAUAAUGUAUCGUGUUUAGCAGGGUCUAGUCCGAAAGUAGACGUUUGUUCUAGUUUUAUGUAUAAAAAUCAGCAAUUGUCUUUAUAUUAAGAUUUGUUAAAUAAAUAUUUUCAAUAUUUUAUAA